UUCACAAACCCUACUUUUAAAAUGAAUGCAGAGAAGAUUUUUAUUGCCUCCACAGGGCUAUAUGCCGGCUUUGCUUUUGGCGUCUCGGUUUCUGGAGCACCUACUAUUGCGGUCUCGCAAAAACCAAAAGACUCGUGGCAAACCAUUUAUGAUAGUGGGAAAAUGGUAGUUGUCCCCUUGGCUUUUAUCACAGCAAUUUCCGGAGGAAUGAUGUAUGCGAGAACUAAAGACCCAAGGAUAUUGGCAGCCACCCUGUUUGGCUUUUCUCCGGUGCCAUUCACUGCCCUUGCCAUGAGAUCCAACAUCAAGAGUCUGCAAAGCUCCUCCAAUGCAGAUCCUAGAGUUCUGGAACUCACAAACACGUGGACCAACCUUCACUGGGUCCGUACUGCUGCUGGCCUUGCAUCUUUUGGUCUUGCGGUCUUCACGUUGUUGUAAGGCUCGACUGCCAUGAGACUUUUCCAUGUAGUUCUGCCCACCUGUUUAUAAGAUUUGUUGUGGCAGAUGUUGGCCAAUUUACAUUAGUACCCGUCUUCUUCCACUCUAUAUAUAUUAAACAUGAUAACACAAUUUUACUUUUCUCUAAUCGGAAUGACAAUGAUUGAUAUGAAGGGGCAG